UCCAAGGAAAGAGAGAAGGAUAUGGGUGGAGGCGGCACAUAAAGAAAAGAAGAGGAAAGAGAAAGCAGAGAAUUCAGGGGGAAAGAGGGAAAGAUGUGUACCUUGAGCAGCAUCAGCAAGAGAAGAGUACUGAGGAUAAGACUGGGAUAUUUGGUUACCCAUCAAACUUCAGUGGAAUACAGCAGCUGCAAGUGAAUCAGUUUGCUAUGCAGGAACUGCUCCAUCCUCAUUCCUUUAAGCACCAGAAGGCAACCAUGAAGACAGCAGGAGCCUCACCCCAGCACUCUGAAUACAUACAAUUGCCGACUGGAUAAGUACCCUCCCUGAGUGAGGCCCGCCCUACCUCCACUACUAGUGCUUGUAUGCAAGAGCAGGCAUUCCCUUUCCCCCCUUGAUUGCCCCAAGGCGACAGCCGAUAGUUCCUGGCCAUCACUAUGAACGGAUGCACAAGGAUUAUUGUUUUAAUGGUAGAAGAAUGAGUAUUGGCAUUGUGUACAGUCUUCAUCCACACUCCCAUCUCUCUAAAUGUGUCCCUACAGCUUUUGCAAGUUCAUCUGUUUGCAAGGUGGGCCAAGGGCAGAGACUGGCAACCCAGCAGCAUGGCCUGGCAAACAAUUCCAGGGCCAACGCUACCAGUAAAAAGAUUUGCCAACCCUCCAGGACUGGUCUUGACUCCAGGAAUCAGAAUGUCCAUUGGAAUAUCAAUCUUCAGGAAUCAGGAAUUUGAUGCUGACAGUGCUUGAAGAAUUGUCCUGCUGCUUUCUUAAACCUCAGCCAGAUUCUGGGGUCAAUUUCCAACCCCAGAUGCAUAAAAGUACGUAAACAAAAACGCUACUGCACUCCCAGCUCUGUUCUUGUUGUCGAACAUUUACCUACACUCUGUACAUGAUGUAUCUACAAGCAUGGCCUCUCACCAGUUAUGAUAUUUAUGUUAAUAAAAAUAUGACACAGAGUAGAAAAUUACCCCAAAAUGAAUGGGCUUUCUAUGGAGUGGUAGUUUCUAUUCCAUGCCCAUGUUAAGCCAUUUGUAAUUCUCUUUGGCAACUUCAGUUUUAUUUCCCCUGAUGAUUAUAGUGUCUCAAAACCAGGCUCUGCCACAAUAUCAGACCUAGUGUUUGGAACAAGUAAAGCAUUAAAAAGCAUCUGACCUUAGGGAUUUUAGCAAGCAUCAAAGCCAAAAGGAUCACAACAGCAGCAACCACAACAUGUCGGCUUCAGUAAGCUUAGCAUCAGUGGAUCAACCACCCACAGUACAUCUCUGAUCUUUUCCCAUUUCUCCUAGUGGGAUACAGCCCAGGAGGGGGUGGAGGUUGGAGGUUGGUUCCAGGCGGGGAGAGCAAGAAGAUUCAGGGGUGGGAUGUGUGGUAUGAACAGUCUACUAUACCUCACUCACUUGCCAGUGAAGUUACCAAGAUAAUGGGUUACAAAACAAGCAGAAAUGGCAAAAGGUAGUGUACAAACAGUCUAUUGUUCUCCUAUUGCACAGUGGUGAGUGUGGGUCUGGCUCCUCAGGUGAGAGGCCAGACCAAGAUAAGUUUAGUCCAGCAGAUGCAGAGAAGUUUAGUCCAGCAAGAGGAGGCAGUGAGUGAAGCAACUCCCUCCCCUGCAAUCUGGGAGGGAGACGGAGGGCAAGGGGGAGAGAGGGAGAGGAAGAAAUAACCAUCAUGAACUCUGAGGGAGGAAUCCAAAUACUUCCUGAAGUCCUGGAGAGCCACCGCCAGUCAGAGUAGACAAUGCUGCUCUAGAUGGAUCAACAGUCUGACUCAGGCAGCAGCUUCCUAUAUUCCAGGGGAAGCAUCUUGACCUAACAGAAUGUAUCUUGGCCUGCUAGUCCUGGCUGUGCGUUUCAUGCCAAUCAUGAAGUGCUACAGGGACUAUGGGCCCUUCUACUUCUGUGCCAUGAUGCAGCUGAGAUGAUUUGAGGACAUCACAAGUAAUUUAAGAUUCGAUGACAAAGCCACAUGACAAGAGAGAAGAGUUAUUGCCAAACUAGCAACCACCAUUAGAGAAGUAUGGACCUUGCUUGUGCAGCAGCUCCAUUCCUGGGUCAGACCAGCAGUUGAUGAGCAACUGUUGGGUUCCUGAGGCACUGUCCCUUCUAGCAACACAUACCAAGCAAGCCAAAGAAGUACAGUUUGAAAAUAUUGUGGUGCUGUGAUGCAAAAACAUCCUACGCUCUGACAGAGAAUGUUGACCUUGGGAAGCAAGUUGAAGGACUGCAACAAAGAAAAGUAGGCUUGCAAGUUGUGCAGCAAUGUGUACAGCCAUGCAACAAUACCUGGAGCCAUUUGUUGAAGUGCAUAUUGGGGGUGAUUCAGAUUAGCAUCACUCUCCUGUGGUUAAAGGAUAUGCCAAGAACAUGUUGGUGCAUAUACCAGGGACAUCAGAGUGGAUGUGUUCUUGCCACAAGCCUGAUAUUCUCACAUGCACAGGGCAAUGUUCAUCUAAACCUGCCCUCAGAGAAUUUUGCUGAUGGAUAAUGUUUCCCCCAGUAUACAGCUGGAAGAGGCUCUUCUGAGCAAGGGACUGGUCUGUGUAGUUACUAUGAGACACAACAAGCCAGACAACCCCCCAGAGACGCAACCACAUUCACAAAGGGAAGCACUGUCAAUGUCAUCUGUAUUUGGCUUGGAUGGACAGUAAACUUUGGUAUUGUGUGUAUACUCAGGAAGUUUGUGCCCAGGAUAGCUGACAAGAAACGAAGCAAAAGAUGUGAUGAUUGUGGGUGACUGGCCUGUAGAAUGCACUUCACCAGCUCUCAGAUUGCCUUUAGAUAUGACACAGUGUGCCCUUUCAGCUGAAAUGAUGUUGAAGUGUGGAUGCUCAUUAGUGUAGGGUAUGAAAUGUUCAUUUUUCUUUGCUAACAACUCACAUUCUCAGUGAGUCAUGCAGUCACACAGGGCACCAUGUUUGGGUUGUGGGGGUCACUGCCAAGUUUUCCUGGAAUAAAACGCUAAAUUAUUGUGGGUUCUGUGGUCUGGCAAAGUGGGGUGGGGGGUAUCCAAUCUAACCAAUGGAACUUCAUGGAAGUAAGAAGUUCUACUAAUUUAAAAUAAUGACUCUGGAUGAGGAUUAACACAACUGCCUUUUAAAACUAAUUUUGUUUUUCAAUAGUUCCUAAUACUUUGCUUUAUUUUAUUUCAUUUUUAGCUGAAAUAAAAAUUUUCCUUUCCAAAGGGAAGAAGGCUUAUGAGAUCACCAUGUCCAUUGUCCACUCCUUUUGUAUAACAAAUAUACUGUAUAGAGAGAACCAUCAGGGGUGUUUUUAGCCUACUUUUCCUUAAGGAAAGUAAGCUUAUGAGAUCACCCAGCAUUCUGUGGCCGCCUUCAAGUGUACUUGUAACUGCAGGUCCAACAGACCCACAGUUUGCCUCCCAGUCCCCCACUGCACUCCCAGAUGAUCAGGAACUGUAGUCUAGGAGACCACAAAGUGGGCAGAACUGGCUUCCCGGGCUUGCCCUGGAGCUUGAAGGAAAGCCACACCAGCCAAUGGGACUUAAGGGGUGGGAGGAACUUUCUUCCUUAACUCUGGUUUGGAUGAGUUGCCCAAACCGGAUGACACAGCCACCACCAGACGCCUCCUGGCCCUUGGUUUGGUAAGUGUAACUUAUGAGGGUUCUUUCUGAGGUUUGGAGGAAGAAUCGGAACUGCGGUUGGGUCCAGGAACUGCAGUUCCAAUUAUUCAGACAUCAUGGAGGGCCAACCUGAGGUGGGUUUGCUUCAGUUUUCCCAUGAUGUUCAAAGGGUGUGCGUGUGUCACUACCAAUUUUGCAGGGCCUGGACCAAUAUGAACCAAAUUGGGUACAGUUGUAGGGACACACCGGGACACUUCAAUGAUACAAUUUGUGAUGAUGUCAUCUACCCUAAUUCAAGAUAGCAGAUGCGUAAACAUUUGAGGUGCAAGUGGGCUAACUUGUGAACCACCUGACCAAUUUGAACCAAUGUGGUACAGUUGUAGUAACUGACACAUAGGGACACCUCAAAGGUGUAGUUUGUAAUGAUGUCAUCCACCAAGAUUCAAGAUGGCUGAUGAGUGAAAGUUUGAGGCACAAGUGGGCUAAUUUGUGAACUGCCUAACAGAUUUGGACCAAAGCGAAAGGAAAGUAGGCAGAUUUAGUUCUUACCAGAACUUCUUGUUGUUUUGAUCUGCCUUCUUGAAACAAGAUGGUGGCCACUUGAAAUGUAAGCACCACUCUUUUACAACUCAUAUGUUUGCAGUCUGAUACUUAUAGUUUUAAAUAAUUAUAAUAUUAUUGUAUAAUUAAGUAUUAACAAAUCUUAUCCAAACUGGCUAUAGACCAUGCUCCAUGCCAUAACACCUCCCUAGAAUGUUGUAAAAUUCAUGAAGUUGAAAGAAGCAGAAAUUAGGCUCUAUUCCUUCUACUUAGAACUUCUUGUCUUUUAAUUUUGAAACCAUGAGCUGACCCUGCUAUGCCAAGAUAAAAGCUAAAUAGAAGAACUGUUCAGUUAAACCUUACAUACUAUUAUCAAAGUUAAAAUAAUUCCAUUGUUUCACAAUAGUUAACUAAUUUGUUUUUUGAAUUAACGUAUCAAACCUGUUGUUAUUAUUAUUACAAAUAUUUAUAUACUAAUUUUCAAUAAUGGUUCACAAAAUUAUUUACACAGAAAAACAUAGUUCCCUGUCCAAAAAGGGUGCUGAUGACUAAAGUAUCUUUGUUGUUGUUUUAAUAAAGUCAAUGCUUAAAAAAAAUUACUAAUAUUUGACAAUAUCUGACCAUUAUAUGAUUCUUCACUUCGCCAUAACAUCAAACUGGUCAAUUGUCCAGUCAAAUGGACAUAUAACUGGCCAAAUGCCCAACUGUCGUAGUACCCCUUAAACUUUGUGUCUAUAAAUCUGUGAACAAAUAUCUGAAGCAAUCCCCCCCCCCUUGAAUUCCCAGUAUUGCCUGGAUGCAAAGCUUAAGAAUAGCUAGGUUUGUGUGUUCCAAUUCCUGACAAUAUUCAAAACCACAAUAGAUGUGAACAAGAAUCUUCUCCUCCAAUCACUGUUUUUUAAAGAAUAUUCUCCAAUCAUAGUGUGUGUGUGUGUUUAAUUUUCUUUGUUUGAAGAGUAGGAAUGCUUAGGAUAAUUUACCUGUUCACCAUUUAUCCCCUCUCCAUUUUUCACACAGGAAUAAUUUGUAUAUGCAUAGAUGGCUGCUUGAGGGCAAGGCUAACAGAGGAAACAGACCUCCAGAAUACCUUAAGAACCAUCUUCAGGGUGGUGGGGUGCAGAGUGGGGGCAGCCUUUUAAAAGGCUGCCCAACUGGCUGAUUAGAUUCUAUUUUUCUUUAUUACCAAGUUUAUGAGCUAAAUCACAUUUUUUCAAGAUCACAGAAAUAAUGUUCCCUAUUGUCUGGACAAAUGUUUCUCCUGUCCAAACAUUAAUGUGUCGCUCUAUAGUCUUGUUCCAAGGACCUGAAACACUGAUUCUGUGUUUCAAAAGAGGCCAUUCAGUACUGCCUUACCCCUCCUGUGUCCCCUCCUUUAUUCAGUACUUCCUGUUACUCAGUUUAGGUUCCUGAGCUUGUGUAGAGUCUUCACAGCUACACCUGUGUUCAUACACUGGAGCAAGUGAGGUGAGGUGUAGUGGUUAAAGAAUUGAAGCAGUCAUACAAGUGAUGCAGAACAGAAAAUACAGAGCUGUUGGAAUUCACCAUUAUUCAUCUCUCUCUAAGAAUCUGAAUACGUGGAUUACCAAAGACAGACUGCCUUAAUUAUACACAUUAACAAAAUAAAAGUGAGCUGUGCCUUUCUGGUGAGUGUGGGGAGGAGGCCAAUGCCACCAAGCCCAAUCAUUCAUCUUCCCAUACCAAACACAUGAAAUUUCUUGUCUUCCAUUGUGCAGUGUUGGAGUAGGGGUGGGAGUUCCUGCUUUUCUUCAUAAAUGCUGGAGUUCUGAUCCUCUUUAAGAGUACGUUUGGACACUGCCGGCAAUUUCACCAAUUCAAUUCCAACAGAGAAAGGUGUGCGGCAAGGGUGUGUGUUGGCCCCCUAUUUAUUCAAUCUGUAUAUUAACAAUCUGAUUAAUCGGCUGCAAAAUGUUGAUAUCCACGCACCUAAAUUAGCCAACAAAAAGAUCCCGAUCCUGAUGUAUGCGGAUGACGCGGUUAUUUUAUCUCAAACCAGGGUCGGGCUCAAAAGAGCUUUAGAUGUUCUAACAUCUUAUUGCCAAGAGGAACACUUGACAAUCAAUUAUAAUCUAAAAUUAUGUGCUUUAAAAAUAAACCAAGGAUAUUUACAUGGACCUUGGAUGGACACAAAUUAGAACAGGUCAAUCAAAUAAAAUAUCUUGGGGUGGUUUUUCAACAAAAUGCUGGGAGAGCGGCACAUAUGAGAAUGGUAGCUGACUCAGCAAAAUGCAGUGUGGUGGCAAUUAACAGAUUUUUCAGAACACGGGGAGCAGGUUUCAUUCCUGCGGCUUUAAAACUGUAUUCAGCAAAGGUUAUCCCUCAGCUCUUAUAUGGGAUCCAACUGGGACCUUAUGCGAAUUUUGACAUGCUAGAAAGAAUUCAAUCAGGCUUUUUGAGAGCUAUUUUUGGGACUACAAGAUGCACCUCAAAUGUAACACUGCGCAUGGAGGCCGGCCUCAUAAAGAUUGAAUCUCGUGCCUGGCUUUUAAUUAUUUACUUUUGGUUGAGAGUCCACCUACGCCUGGUGGGCCUAAUUCCUCAGUUUCUAUCGUUAAACCCACAACCGCAGUGGUGCACUGUAGUUAGCAAAAAGCUUGCUGCUCUAGGAAUAGACCCUGAACAACUGCUGGAGUUAGACUUGUCAAAUGCGAAAAGAAUAGUAAAACAGCGUUUGGCAGAUAUUGAAUUGCAAAAUAACCAGGCCUCUUUGACAGAAUUCUACAAAGGAGUAAGAACUAGAUGGGAUCUUUCACCAGCAAAUUAUUUGUCCCAUAUUACACUCAGCAAAUUCCGGUGGGCAUUUACAAGGGCAAGAACAAAUUCUUUUCCCUCUGCAUUAUUAGCCGGGAGAUACAGUGGUGUUCCCUUGGAAGAACGCUACUGCAGAUGCGGCAGUGGGGAAAUAGAAUCUAUUGAGCAUAUUCUCUUAUCCUGUAAAUUACAUAGGCAACCAAGGGAGCACUUAAUUUUACCUCUGGUCUGUAAACAGACAGAUCGAUCUGCUGAACAACUUGUUAAAUACUUACUUUCUGAUAAAAAUGUUUUAAAUUUUAACUCCGUAGCCAAAUUUUGUUAUAUUGCUUUUAAGAUGUAUAAUGAGAACCUAUAGAGUUUUCUAUAAAUUGUUCUGCUGUUUGCAUGCAUGGAUUGUUUGGUCUAGGACCGUAAAUAAAACUUGACUUGACUUGA